UUCAAAUACCUGUGGACUAACUUUGAAGAUGGCGCAUAUAUUUUUUUGAAUGCCACUCAACGUUAAUGGACGAAACCGAGCAAAUCUUUCGACAUUUUCUGUAAAAUUCACAAAUUCUGAUCCAGUAUGAAUUUGGGUGAAUACACAUAUUCGAAGUUUUGAACUUCUGGGAAGAAAAAAAUGGCAAUUAGGUCACUUCUUCGUUGCAGAAGUGUACAUUAUUUCUCCCAAACACUCUUCCAUUGCCAUCUUCCUCCACCCAAAAGCACCCAAUAUCUCCCUUCUUCUUCAUUGUUGGCUUAUCUUCCCAUCUGUAACGGCGUUAACGGCUAUCAGUUCAUAUCCUCUUUUACUGAUACAGAAACAAAACAGGAACCUGAAAAGUCAGACCCAAAUUCUCCACACCUGGUGAAUGAAAUUUCUCGAAUUCUUAGCGAUUACAGAAGCCCUCACCACGAUAUUGAGUCAGCCCUCAAUCCAUUUUCCAGCAAUAUUUCAACUGAAAUAGUUGAACAAGUCCUCAAACGUUGCAAAAAUCUAGGAUUCUCAGCACACAGGUUCUUUAUAUGGGCACAAAAGUUAUCAGGUUUUCGCCAUAGUAUAGAAAGCUUUCACAUUCUUGUUGAUAUAUUAGGAAGUAGUAAACAGUUCCCUUUGAUAUGGGACUUCCUUGUUGAGAUGAGAACGAAUAAAUCUUGUGAAAUUACUCCUGAAAUUUUCUGGCUUGUUUUCAGGGGUUAUAGUAGAGCUAAUUUGCCAGUUGAUGCAAUUAGGGCUUUUAAUAAAAUGGUAGAUUUUGGGAUUAAACCGAGUUUAACUGAUCUUGAUAAGCUUUUACUUACACUAUGUAAAAGAAAGCAUACGAAACAAGCUCAAGAGUUCUUCGAUAAAGUGAAGGAUGAUUUCAUGCCUAAUGUCAAAACUUACAGUAUUUUGAUUAGGGGAUGGGGAGAAUUGGGUGAAGUUGCUAAUGCACAAAAGCUGUUUGAUGAAAUGCUUGAAAGAGGCUGUUCAGUUGAUUUGUUAGCUUAUAAUAGUAUUUUGGACUCACUAUGCAAGGCUGGUAAGAUGGAUGAGGCUUUCAACUUCUUCAUGAAGAUGAAGUCUAUUGGAUUGAUACCUGAUGCUUUUACUUAUUCAAUUUUCAUUCAUGGUUAUUGCUCGGUAAAUGAUAUUCAUUCAGUUUUCAGGGUCCUUGACCAGAUGAGACGGUACAAACUUGUGCCUAAUGUAUUUACAUAUAACUGUAUCAUCAAAAAGCUUUGUAAGACUAACAAGGUUGAUGAGGUUUACCAACUGAUAGAUGAGAUGAUUAGCGGAGGGGUAAGACCUGAUUGUUGGAGUUACAAUACAAUCCUAGCUUCUCAUUGUGAUCACAAUGAAGCUAACUUGGCACUUAGGCUGAUUUCUAGAAUGGAAAAGAACGACUGCCUGCCAGAUAAACAUACAUAUAAUAUGUUGCUUAAGAUGCUUAUUAGGGUGGGUAGGUUUGAUAGAGUUGAGAAAGUUUGGGAGAGCAUGGAAGACAGGAAAUUUUAUCCUUCAGUCUCGACGUAUGCUGUCAUGGUACAUGGUCUCUGUCAGAAGAAAGGCAAGCUUGAGGAAGCAUGCAAAUAUUUUGAAACGAUGAUAGAUGAAGGCAUUCCGCCGUAUACAACGACAUGUGAAAUAUUGAGAAAUAGACUAAUAGGUCACGGAUUUGCAGAUCAGACAGGGAUACUUGCAGAUAAGAUGGAAAGAAGUACGUCUAGUUUAAUUCAAGAACUAGCAAACGUAAUGACAGGUAAUAAGGCCUUCGAGAAAUUGAAACAUGAUGAAGAAUACUCGGAUGAAAGUUUUGAGUGAAAGAAUCGAAUGUGCUUAUAAUAGUCUCAGUCCCUUGGUCAAGGUGAUACCUACUCUUAUCGCAUGUCAUUUAUCG